AUGCAGUACGAGUUGCUCAGAAUCGACUCCCCUUUGCACUAUUAUUGCAUGACGGGAGAUAUACCGACUACGAUGAAUUUGUUGAAAACCGGUGACGAUGAGUUGUUUUCUAUGGAUGAUUUCCAUUGCUGGACUCCGGCACAUUGGGCCGCGAACUACGGAAGAACUGAGUGUCUUCGACUUUUAAAGGCACAUAAUGCCACCAGUACACCGUCCUUCAGGUCCAUGGCCCUUCCGUUACAUAUGGCUUCCGAACGCGGCCACAUCGACUGUGUACGUCUGUUGUUGGACGAAAACUGCAAGAUAAAUACUCAGGAUUAUCAGGGUGAUACACCAUUACACAAAGCUGCCCGUGGUGGACACGUGCCAUGUAUCCAGGCUUUAGUUGCUGCCGGUGCCCGUGCAGAGUACGUUUCUAUCUGUUUGUCUGACUUCCUCAGUAUAAAAAACUUUUCUAGUAGAACGCCAUCAGAAAUUGCCGCUUUGGCAGGGCAUUUUGAGAUAUCAGCCGCACUGAACGAGGUUGCUAGAGUGAAUCGAGCGCAAGCUCUCCUCAAUGACACCACCAUGGUCAAUCCUUAUGAACACAUCCCGAAUCCUCGUAAACGCUCCAAUCGUGGCGUCGACGAAGUGCUUGAUAAACGACGAAAGUUCACGGAUCCGGUCCUCCAACUCGCUACGGAUAUGGUCGGUCGACCUGGCGUUCUGGAACAGACUGAACUCCAAACAAGUGUGCUGGAACAUGCUGCCUGUAUGCGAAUGGCGGACUGUUACGCGGAUCACUAUUCGAAUUAUAUGAACAUGGAUCAGUUUGUUCGUCAGUGUUGA